CAUGAAGAGGAACUCAGACAGCUCUUACCACAUGAUACAGGAGUCUGCUGAAAAAGAGAGGACCAGUAAGAGAAUCUGCUGAAGAGGAGAAGAAGAAAAAAACCCCACAAAACACACCAAAAAAAAAACCCACCCCCCAAACAAAACAAAAACCACACACACACAUACACACACACAACCUGUGCGUGAGGGGGGAGGAAGAGCAGGGCCUUUGAAAAAGGCAAUCACAACAACUUUUGCUGCCAGGAUGCCCUGGCUGUGGCUGAGAGGAUUCCUGCUGGCGAGUUGCUGGAUUAUAGUGAGGAGUUCCCCGACCCCGGCGUCCGAGGGGCACAGUGCAGACCCUGGCUGCCCAGCCUGCGCCCUGGCCACCCUCCCCAAGGAUGCGCCCAGCUCGCAGCCGGACAUGGUAGAGGCCGUCAAGAGGCACAUUUUAAACAUGCUCCACUUGAAGAAGAGACCCGAUGUCACCCAGCCGGUGCCCAAGGCGGCGCUUCUGAACGCCAUCCGGAAGCUUCAUGUGGGCAAAGUGGGGGAGAACGGGUACGUGGAGAUCGAGGACGACAUCGGGCGCAGGGCAGAAAUGAAUGAGCUCCUGGAGCAGACCUCCGAGAUCAUCACGUUUGCGGAAUCAGGCGCAACCAGGAAGACACUACAUUUUGAGAUUUCCAAGGAAGGAAGUGAUUUGUCGGUAGUGGAGCGCGCAGAAGUCUGGCUCUUCUUAAAAGUUCCCAAGGCCAACAGGACCAGGACCAAAGUCACCAUCCGCCUUUUCCAGCAGCAAAAGCAGAGCAGCUUGGACGCAGGGGAGGAGGUGGAGGAAGUGGGCUUGAAGGGAGAACGGAGUGAACAGCUGAUCUCAGAGAAGGUGGUGGAUGCGCGCAAGAGCACCUGGCACAUCUUUCCUGUUUCCAGCAGUAUCCAGCGCCUGUUGGACCAGGGUAAGAGCUCCUUGGACAUUCGAUUUGCCUGUGAACAGUGCCAGGAGACCGGUGCCAGCCUGGUGCUCCUGGGCAAGAAGAAGAAGAAAGAAGAGGGCGAAGGGAGGAAGAAGGACAACGGUGAUGGCGGGGCAGGAGGCGAAGAGGAGAAGGAACAGUCUCACAGACCUUUCCUCAUGCUUCAGGCCCGGCAGUCUGAAGACCACCCUCACCGCCGGCGGCGGCGAGGCUUGGAGUGCGAUGGCAAGGUCAAUAUCUGCUGUAAGAAACAGUUCUUUGUUAGUUUCAAGGACAUUGGCUGGAAUGACUGGAUCAUCGCACCCUCUGGCUACCACGCCAACUACUGCGAGGGCGAGUGCCCCAGCCACAUAGCGGGCACCUCGGGCUCUUCGCUCUCCUUCCAUUCGACCGUCAUCAACCACUACCGCAUGCGGGGCCACAGCCCCUUCGCCAACCUCAAGUCGUGCUGUGUGCCCACCAAGCUGAGGCCCAUGUCCAUGUUGUACUAUGAUGAUGGUCAGAACAUCAUCAAAAAGGACAUUCAGAACAUGAUCGUGGAGGAGUGUGGCUGCUCAUAGGGUUGCCCAGCUCGAGGGGAAGGGAAACAGAAGUUGGCCCGAGAAGACAGUGGCAACAUGAAGAAUUGUUUUUUAGGGUUUCUGCGUUAAACGGCCAGAAAAUUAGAGAU